CGCAGACAUCAUUGCAAACCAUUCAACGUGGGCCUUAAAAAAAAAAAAAAACCCAAAUCCAUGAGAAGAAAAUUCUUCCAGUUCCGGAAAACUGCAAAUCGUCAAUAACGCCUACGACCGCAACACCAGCGUUUAUUUCCUUAAUUUCCUUAUCGCCCCCAAUUAACGGUCGGAAUUGUUUACAAAUAAGAAUCAAACAGAUGUUUUUUUAUUGUGCGUAACAUUUUGAAGCGACACAUCCCCGAAUCCAGCAGGAAUGUCGGGACUGUGUGAUUUAAAAAUAGCAUCAUCUUCUUUCCUGACAGCCUGCUCCAGUAACUCUUUCGCAAACAGCAGCGCUGUGGGGACAGAAGCAGGAAUGCGAAGAUGGCUGCAGAUCUAGGAGAGCUACUGGUUCCCUACAUGCCCACCAUCAGGGUUCCCAGGACUGGAGAUCGGGUUUUCAAGAGUGAAUGUGCCUUUUCCUACGAUUCCCCCGAGUCUGAUGGGGGCCUCUACGUGUGUAUGAACACAUUCUUGGGUUUUGGCAGAGAACAUGUGGAGAGGCACUACCGCAAAACUGGGCAGAGCAUUUACAUGCAUCUGAAGCGGACUGUUAAGAAGAAAGCCACAGGUGCUACUGGAGGUGCUGUGCCGAGGAGGCAAAAUGGGAAGACAUUCCUUGAUCUAGAACUUCACCAGAAUUAUAACGGCGAUGAUUAUGAAUACGAAGAUGAAGCAAAGCUCGUGAUAUUCCCAGACCACUUCGAGAUCCCCUUGCCAAAUAUUGAGGAGUUGCCUGCACUGGUGACAAUAGCCUGCGAUGCUGUGCUCAACGCUCCCUGCGGAUUCCGGAAACAGGAUCAAGACUCCUGGGAGGAGGAGAUCCAGGUGUCAAAGCAUGCUAGGAGUCUCCGACAGCUGGACAAUGGGGUUCGAAUCCCGCCAAGUGGCUGGAAGUGUACCAAAUGUGAGAUGAGGGAGAACCUGUGGCUGAACCUUACAGAUGGGUCAGUGCUUUGUGGGAAGUGGUUCUUUGAUGGUAAUGGUGGUAAUGGACACGCCCUGGAACACUACAGAGAAACCAGCUUCCCCUUGGCGGUCAAGCUGGGCACAAUAACUCCAGAUGGAGCAGAUAUUUAUUCUUUUGAUGAAGAAGAGGCUGUUUUAGAUCCACAUAUCUCCGACCAUUUAGCACAUUUUGGAAUAGAUAUGUUACUAAUGCAAAAGACGGAGAACGGUCAUGUGGACAAUGAGGCGAGGCCACGCGUGACUGAGUGGGAGGUGAUCCAGGAGUCGGGCUCUAAGCUCAAAGCAGUCUACGGUCCUGGUUACACUGGGAUCAAAAACCUGGGCAACUGCUGCUAUCUAGGAACCACUAUGCAAGUCCUCUUCAGCAUCCCGGAAUUCCAGAGAGCGUAUGUGGGAAACCUUCAGAGAAUAUUUGAUUACUCACCACUUGAUCCCACGCAAGACUUCAGCACGCAGAUGGCAAAGCUGGGACAUGGUUUGCUUUCAGGCCAAUACUCAAAGCCUCCUGUGAAAUCCGAACUCAUUGAACAGGUGAUGAAUGAAGAGCACAAGGUGGUAGCCUGGCACCAACAGAAAGGAAUCUGUCCACGGAUGUUCAAGGCUUCAGUCAGUAAAGGCCACCCUGAAUUCUCCUCCAACAGACAGCAAGAUGCCCUCGAGUUCCUGCUUCACAUAAUCAAUCUAGUAGAGAGGAACAGCGCUGGCUCAGAGAACCCCAGCGACGUGUUCCGCUUCCUGGUGGAGGAGAGGAUCCAGUGCUGCCAGUCCCGGAAGGUGCGCUACACCCAGAGGGUGGACUACGUCAUGCAGCUGCCGGCCCCCGUGGAGGCUGCCACUAAUAGAGAGGAGCUGAUUGCGUACGAAGCCAAGCGGCAGGAAGCGCAGGAGAAGAUGACAGCUUCUCCGGAGCCGGUGAGGGCCAGAGUCCCCUUCACAGCCUGCCUGCAGGCGUUCUCCGAGCCGGAGAACGUGCCGGACUUCUGGAGCUCCGCCCUGCAGGCCAAAUCGGCCGGAGUGAAGACGUCCCGAUUUGUGUCAUUCCCUGAGUAUCUGGUUCUGCAGAUCAAGAAGUUCACGUUUGGGCUUGACUGGGUGCCCAAGAAAAUUGACCUCUCCAUAGACAUGCCAGACUUCCUAGAUCUAACUCGCCUUCGUGCCACGGGACUGCAAGCAGGAGAAGAGGAGCUUCCUGAUCUCAUGCCACCCAUCGUCCUUCCUGAAGACACUCGAGAUAGUUCAAUGACAGAUUCUCCAGAAAUAGAUGAGUCUGCCGUGAUGCAGCUGGCAGAAAUGGGCUUUCCCCUGGAAGCCUGUCGGAAAGCCGUGUAUUACACAGGAAAUAUGGGGGCAGAGAUGGCCUUCAACUGGAUUAUAGCCCAUAUGGAGGAGCCCGACUUUGCAGAGCCGUUAGUAGCGCCCUCCCUCUCUGAUUCGGGUCCUUCCAGUGCAAGUCAGGCUCCCUCUGCGGACAGCCAGCCCCCCGAGGAGAGUGUGGCCAUCCUGACCUCCAUGGGCUUUCCCAGAAGACAGGCUGUCCGCGCCCUCAAAGCCACAAACAACAAUCUAGAGCGAGCUCUGGACUGGAUCUUCACGCACCCUGACAGCGAGGAGGACAGCGGGUCUGCGUCUGACAUGGCCGACACAGAACCCAAUGACAAUGCCUUCUCCAGCGCCAACGCACAUAGCGACUCCACGCUGUCCCCUGAUCAGGACCCGGCUGGGCCCAGGAUCAAAGACGGACCUGGCCGAUAUGAACUUUUCGCUUUUAUAAGUCACAUGGGAACUUCAACAAUGUCUGGGCAUUACGUAUGUCACAUUAAGAAGGAGGGAAGGUGGGUGAUAUACAACGACCACAAAGUCUGUCUGUCAGAAAGACCUCCAAAGGACAUGGCCUACAUGUACUUUUACCAUCGGCUGUCUAGAAGCUAGAUCAAAUUUGCACGCACUAACCUCAAAAAAGUACCACCGACUUCUACCCCAAAUGAGCACAUGUAACAAAGGAAAGCAAUGAAAAUGUCAAAACCAAACCAGCAAGGAGAAGGACUUGUGGACAACGAGGGGCUGAAGUCAAACGCUGCCGAACAUACAUAGUCAAAGGAGAAAGUAUGGUACCUGUCAUUUUGUUCAUUGGUUUCUUUUUGUGUUUUUGUUAAUAGUGUGGAUGGAUUGGGGUGAGACCCCAGUGUGCGAUCUGGGUUACUGAAAUGGUAUCCCAAGUUCUACAGUAUUACAUAUCUUGUAUGCCUUCAAAUCUAUAGGAAAGAUAUUUUCAUGCUUGAGGAUAUGACUAAUUUUGAGCGCACCAGUUUAACAAUCCAGCUCUUGAAGUGGACUAAGAGUGCAUUUUCUGUACUUGCCAGAAUAAGUUAUUCUUUUUGAACACUAGUGGGCGGUAGAGCUGGAAGUAGGGAUGCUGAUAAUCGGUUUCAUCAAUGGGGUAAAAAAAGGUCUGUAUUAAUCUCACAGUUGCUCAAAGGCAACUUUGUGAGUAUUCCUCCGAAAAGACUGCCAUUUUUAACUGUCGAUACAAAAGCACUGUCCUUUCGACACCCUUAGCUCAAAACGUCUUCCCGCGCCUUCGCUAGUGGGAGCCAUGUAUAUUUAGCAAGCUGGCUAGGGGGGACUUCAGGCUGGUUAUGCUAGAGAGACAUGAAAAACAGAGGGAUUCAAACAUUUACGUUAAAUGGUACUGGGGGUCAGAGGUAGAGAUUUCAGGCCCAGAGAGUGCAAAUCCAGACCAAGAUUUUGCUUCAACCAUUUGCGUAUAAAGACUCACAGUGACAGAGGACUCAACUGGUUGGUUGAAGCACAAUCUUGGUCUGGAUUUGUACUCUCUGGACCUGAACACUCCACCUCUGCUGGGGGUGUAUCACAUCAACUGGGCAUAAGAAUUCAGUGUGCUGGACUUUCACUUCCCCACGUCCUCAUGUCUGCAGUUUGGUUUUCAUUCAGAUUAUCUGCAUCAUUCAUUCGGAUGCAUUUCUUGAACUGAUUUCAAAGGCAUGUUUGUUUUGCAUCUAAGCAAUUUUGUUCAAACCAAAGCAUUUAGUUUUGUUUGCAGUAUUGUUGCGCACAGUUGCCCUGUUAUUUUUAAUGAAAAAUGGACACUUUAAAACCAACAUUUUGAUAAUGAAUUCAUCUCAUUUUUGAAAUCCUAUUUAAAAAAAAAACUUUAUGAUUUAUCACAAAAAAAUGUAUCAUUAAGGAGAACUGGCAAAAUUCCAGUUUCUCCUAAGUCCAUGUUAUAAAAAAAUAUAAAUUUAAAACACACACACACAAAUUUCUGCGGACGAAGUCCUAAAUAUUAAUAAGCGCAGUAUUAUCUUAAACACCUGAACUAAAUGAGUCUUGCAUUUUAUUCCGUUCUCAAACUUUAUCCACUAGUAUGUUGCUAGGAGAAAAUGAGUUAAUAACAAAGAGAUGGCAAGCAGAAUCAUUUUCAAAGGGUGAGUUACACCGAUAUUUACCAGUUAAAAAUAAAUAAACAAAAGCUCAUUUUUGCAGAGGAUAGAUGGCUUCCCUUCGAAUGAGGCAGUCACAUGACUACCUGUUAUUAUAACGGCCGUACAGCGGGAUGCAUUGCUAUAAGUGCAAUCCCUCUUGUUCGUUAUUUUAUUCGUAUAGUUUUUUUGCUGGUCACAGUUCUCUGUAUACAAAAUGUGACGACCUGUAGUUACUAGACUAAUAUUUGAAGUAACUGCACAUCGUUUCAAAGCAGGGAGUGCUACUGUUUAAUACUGCAUUGAUGCAUCUUCUCCAAAAGCCUUUAAAAUGAAACCGUUACCAUACAUAAAUGAGCAGUGUUUUGUUGUUAAUUACUAUAGCAAUAUGCCAUGACAAGAGAAGGACAUUGGUUCUUCUGACAAAUAUGCAGUUCAUUACUCAAACUGAGGCUUUAUCUAUGUACGGAUACAGUCUGUAAGAGACAUAUCCACUGAAUGUAUUGCUUUGGGUGCUCAUUGUUAUAAGACAUUGCUGGACAGUUUAUUCUCAAAGGAAAUCCUGAAGUUAUUUAUUGUGCUGCCAUGUUAGUUUACCUUUAAUUCAUCUCAUACGUGUAUAUAUUUCAUUUUGCACAAUAUAUUUGGCACGACAGACUUUGUUAAAGCAAAUGGAUUUUUGUGGCCAUGUUUAUUUUAUAUAAUUGUGGAUAAGCACUGUCCCUAGUUCAUACCAAAUUAAAUGCGGACAUUUGUACGGUUUAUGUUUUUUUCUUUUUUCCCCAGCGGGACAAAGUAAAUCAGGUUACUUUAAGGGUCGGAAAAUCUGACGGAGUCAAGAAUUUCUGUGGUGUCACUAUUCUGGCCUCUUGAAUUUUGAAUGUCAUAUAUGAAAUGCAAUCUGAGACUAAAGUGUAACUUACAUAUGUGCAAUUGUACCUUAAUAUAUUCUACUUUUAAUUCAUGACAUUUUUUUAUGGCAGAUUCACACUGAUGCCCCUUUUGACAACGGCUGCCUUCCGUCAUGUUGGCCUGCACGCACAAACACACACCACUUUUCUCUUUUACAAAAUGAUCUUUUCUAUCUGUGUACUCUACUGUGAUGUUUUUUUUCUGCAGCGAUCUUGACGUGUUUCUGUCGAUUCGGUUAUUUAACUGAAGCUUCCCAUAACGCACCACUUGCUGUCUAUUUUAUUUCACCAUAUUUUUUUCAAACGUGACUAUGCCAAAUUUUUUUUAAUCAUUGUCAACAGUCUGCUGUGCGACAAGCUGAUGGAAAUUAGUUUGUUUCAGUGUUGAAAAGUUAUGCAUAUUAAUUGGGAGGGUGUAUGUUGAAAGAAAAUCAAACCCUUGGUGCUGCUUACUUGCGAUAUUGGGAUGGAUCAAUAAACUGCAAACUGUUGA